AUGGCCGAGUUUGAGAUCCGCACCCAUCACGUCGGGGCCUUCCCCAUUGCACGGCCGCGCGUGCGCGCAGAAUGGGGCAAUACUAACUGGGCGCUCCCAGAUACUCGGAACCGCGAAUCCUCGGAAUUGGCACACAUGGAAUCGUUUGGUAAGUCUUUCUGGGGACCCCUGCUCCAUAAGAGAGAAAGCCAUAGAAGACAAGCAGCUCAUCUGACCCGGGCGCUCGAUGAAUACAGCGCUUGCACAGAUUUGCUCGCGAAAGAAGGGGUCGCCGUGAAGAAAAUCCCCAGGCCGUUUCAGUCGGCCAUUGAAGCCAAACGAACCAUCAGAGAGGUCAAACUUUUACGAAGUCUCUCUCAUGACAACCGCAGGACGGCGGCUGACGGGAUCGAUGACAGAUACCUGGUCACUGAGCUUCUCUCCACGGACCUUGCGCAUAUCAUUCGCGCGAAGCCUAUGGAGAAUCAGUUUGUGCAGUACUUCUUCUAUCAAAUUAUGCGUGCUCUCAAGUAUAUCCACUCCGCAGGCGUGGUACAUCGGGAUCUCAAACCGAGUAAUAUCCUGAUCGACAACAACUGCGAUCUCAAGAUUUGUGACUUUGGUCUCGCUCGAACAGUAGACCGCAAAAUGACUGGCUAUGUCACAACGAGAUUCUACCGUGCCCCAGAGACCAUGCUCACAUGGCAAAAGUACAAUGUGGAAAUUGACAUGUGGAGUGCCGGCUGCAUCUUGGCCGAGAUGAUUGAAGGAUCGCCUCUCUUUCCGGGCCGCAACCACACGGAUCAGUUCUUGAUCAUUGCGGAUCUUUUGGGAUCCAUCCCAUCCGAGGUGAUCAAGACCAUUUGCUCUAAAAGUCUGCUAGUGUGGGAUCCUGUGAAACGGAUCAAAGCUGAUGCAGCUCUGCUCCACCCAUACCUCAGUGCUUACCACGACCCGGCGGAUGAGCCGAUAGCACGAGACCCGUUUGACUGGGCGAGCUUGGACGUCGACCAUAGUCUCGAAACGUGGAAGACCCUUGUAUACUAUGAAAUUCUGGAUCACUUCGGCGGCGCGGUCGCGACCUGA